GCAAGCGAGAGGAGGAGAGGGGGCAUACGACGAGGAACAGCAAAGGGGCGCUCGCGCCGGUUUCACAACGCCACGUCAGUCGCAGCGCAGCGGGGGGGCAAUGACGAACAAACUCAGGAAGUUGCGCCAGGAAGGCUCCAUAAAACAACAGGAAGCCCACAUUUCCUAGGAUGGGCGUUUUUCCUGCCAAAGAGGACAGAGAGGGUGUGAUAAGACAUAGAUGGCGAUCCUACGUGAUGUUCGUGAAGGCACCAUUGGCCUAAAAGAAUCUUCUUCAUCGAGCACAGAGGGGGAAUGGCCUCGCUCGCCCCCUACAGGAUCAUCGGAGAACGACAAAUGGGGAGAGUUUUGACGACUGGAAGCAGCAGCUGCUGGGUCGCUUCCAACCUUUCUGAUCGAUUGCCAAUGAUCAGCCAGAAAGUUAACCGCUUCCAAACAAGAAAGUGGCGUUUGUGACUUUGAAGUGUCGUUAUAUAUUUUCCGACGAUCUGCGACUCUACGUUACAUUAAUCGGUGGCGUUGGGACGAGGAGGAGGCUGGCUGCCCCACGCGCGACAUUUCCUCCAUUCGCCAGACGGCGCACAACAAUUUAGCCAUAAAUCCUCCUCCCCUGACCCACGGAUACGUCACCGUGCUGCUGCUGCGGCUGCUACUGACGCCGCUGCCAAGUGCGCAGCUCCGUGGACGCCCCCACCCCACUCCCUCUCCACGCCCCCCACCCCACGACAACAGGGUUAGCCCACAGCAGCAGCAGCAUGGCCCCGCAGAGCCGCCGCCGAGGGGUCGCUCCGACAUCCAGCCGUCGUCAUGCGGACGCCGCGUCCGCGCCACGUCCAUAAACCCACGCGGGGCCAUCGCUCGCGGAGGUUCGACGCCACGCACGCGUGGAUUUGAAGAGCCAUGGAGGUAAGCGCUGCCGAAGCUUCGACCCCGGCAAGCGUUGCGCCCGCCGCUGCCCCGCCCGCCCCGAGACCUCAGCCGCCCUUAUACCUGGGCCCCGCCCACAGCCUGCUGGAGUGGCGUCGGCGGGUCAGGUCCGAGUAUAUGCGCCUCCGUCAGCUGAAGCGCCUCAAGAAAGCAGAGGAGGUCAAGGCCGUGUUCGUGUCCAACCGGCUCAAGAUUGAGGAGCAGACCGGCAUCGUGAAUGAGGAGUGGUCCAAGCUGAGGGUCCAGCCGGUGCCCUUGUCGAGCUCAGGCGGCCCUGUGGCUACGAAGAAGGUGUGCACCGUGGAGUCCGGCUUCCCAGGGUUCAAAGUUCAGGCCGUCGCCAUGAGGCCAUUGUCGACAGUGACAGGAAUCCCCUUCAUGUACUCCUGGUCCCCUUUGCAACACAACUUUAUGGUGGAGGACGAGACAUUCCUGCACAACAUUCCCUACAUGGGCGACGAGGUGUUGGAGCAGGAUGAAGCCUUCCUGGAGGAACUGAUUGACAAUUAUGACGGCGUCCAUGGCGACCGAGGUGCUUCCCCCCCCCCACUGUUGAUGUCACAUUUCCUUCACUCUACUGUGCUCACAUUGCUACGUCACGUUCCAGAGGGGGGCUUCAUCAACGACGAGAUCUUUAAGGAGCUGGUGGAGGCCUUAAGCCAGUACUCCGACCACGAGGACGAGGAGGAGGAGGAAGCGGCGACGGCGGCGGUGACCGAAAAGAAGGAAGAAGAACGAGCGACGAGGCGGGGCUCGGCCGAGAGCUCCGAGGAGACCAAAGCGCCGUUCAUCCGCAGGAAGAGGAGGAGCGCCGUCGAGCUACGGGACCCGUCCGGCAGCAAGAAGAUCCCCAGCAACAAGAUCUUCACCGCCAUCGCCUCCAUGUUCCCUUACAAGGGCACCACAGAGGAGCUGAAGGAAAAGUACAAGGACCUCCUGGAACCGCCCAGUCCGGUCAAGCUGCCCCCCCUCUGCACUCCCAACCUGGACGGACCCUUCGCAAAGUCGGUGCAGCGAGAGCAGUCGCUGCACUCCUUCCACACGCUCUUCUGCAGGCGAUGCUUCAAAUACGACUGCUUCCUCCACCCUUUCCACGCGACGCCCAACGUGUACAAGAGGAAGAGCAAAGAGAUCCGAAUGGAGACGGAUCCGUGCGGCGCCGACUGCUUCCUGCUGCAGAAAGGGGCGAAAGAGUUUGUGGAUCAGAACAUGUUGCGCUUGCAGAGGUUUCGGAAGAGGCGCAAGCAGCAGCAGCAGCAGCGUCCCGCCGGCGCAAGUUGCCCCGGACCGUCGGGCUUUGCCGAGGAGAGCAAAGAAGGUGAAAGCGACCAUGAAACGACAUCCUCUUCAGAGGGGAAUUCGCGCUGCCAGACGCCCAUCAAGCUGCGCCCGGCUGAAGACGAAGCGGAGCAGCUGGCGUGCUGCAUGGCGGAGUGGAGCGGUGCGGAGGAAUCGCUCUUCAGGGUGCUGCACGGCACCUACUUCAACAACUUCUGCUCCAUCGCCCGCCUCAUUGGCACCAAGAACUGCAAGGAGGUGUACGCGUUUGCGGUGAAGGAGGCCCUCAUCCAUCGCGUCCCUCUGGAGGACGGAGGCAUCUCUCCGCAGAAGAAGAAAAGGAAGCACAGGUUAUGGGCAAAGAUUCAGCUCAAGAAAGAUAACACGUCCAAUCAGGUGUACAACUACCAGCCGUGUGACCACCCCGAUCACCCGUGUGACAGCACCUGCCCAUGUGUCAUCACGCAGAAUUUCUGCGAGAAGUUCUGCCAGUGCGAGCAUGAGUGCCAGAAUCGCUUCCCCGGCUGCAGGUGUAAGACCCAGUGCAACACCAAGCAGUGUCCCUGCUACCUGGCGGUGAGGGAGUGCGAUCCGGACUUGUGCAUGACCUGCGGCGCUGCCGACCACUGGGACAGCAAAGCGGUGUCGUGCAAGAACUGCAGCAUCCAGAGGGGGCUCAAAAAGCACCUCCUGUUGGCUCCGUCGGACGUCGCCGGAUGGGGCACCUUCAUCAAAGAGCCUGUGCAGAAGAACGAGUUCAUCUCAGAGUACUGUGGAGAGCUCAUCUCGCAGGACGAGGCGGACCGUCGAGGCAGAAUCUAUGACAAAUACAUGUCCAGCUUCCUUUUCAACCUGAACAAUGACUUUGUCGUGGAUGCCACAAGGAAGGGGAACAAAAUCCGGUUUGCUAAUCACUCGGUCAAUCCCAACUGCUACGCCAAAGUGGUGAUGGUGAACGGAGACCACCGCAUCGGGAUCUUCGCCAAGCGGGCCAUCAUGCAAGGGGAAGAGCUCUUCUUCGACUACAGAUACAGCCAAGCCGACGCCCUCAAAUAUGUCGGCAUCGAGAGGGAGGUGGACAUGUCUUAGCCGCCCAGCGCAAUACAUAAAUACUGUAUAUCCCGAUCUUAACUUCUGCAGCCCUCCACUAGCGCCCCCUCCUUCCCGCCCCUGUCCACCUUCCCUCUGCAGCAUCGCACGUUGGCUCCGUCCUCCGAAAAUAGCGCCUCCAAAAAAAGCAGCCUCUCCCUCCUGGAUGUUUGCAGGUGCACUUGUCCCCCUCCCCUCAUCUACCCAAACGCACGCGCGUACACGCCACGCUUGUCAACCUUAUACUGUUAUAGUACUCCGUGAUGCUAAGGGGUUUUCCUUUGUGUUCCACUCGGGCCGCACUUAGUUAGCGUACAGUGUGUCCGUUUAGUUACAGCGAGCAGUGACGUGCAUGUGCUUUAUCUCGGGUAAAUAAAAACCAGUAAUCUCGUUUAGUUGGCAAUAUUUCGCCUCUCUGUGUUGUCACGUGACACCACAAGAGGCUAAAAGUUGUGCAUUUAUGUCCAAAAAAUAUGAUAACAGACAAGAAACCGACUGACUGAAUGUAAUCCUUGGGAGGCAGUGAAGAGUUUGCCUAAUUUUUUGUUUUUAACUUAAAGGGGACAUAUUAUGAAAAAUUGACUUUGUAUACAAAUAUUUGGGUCUCAGGAUUGCCUGCCCACCCAUCAAGUGUGGAAUUAAACAACCAAGUAUACCUUUUUGUUAUCUGCCUAUUUAUGAAAAUGUGUUACUAAGCGAGCCCUUCUGAAUUUAAUUUACAUAAAACUUCCACCACACUGACUUUAUCCACCCAACCAGGCCAGCUGAAGAGUCUCCACUUUCAAGCAACACAAGGUCUACAAAGCAGAACUAUCAUGUCAAAAACCAAGAGGUAAGCAGAGCUGCAGUGUUAGCACAGAUUAGCGGCAGCUUCUUAAAAGCGACACAUACUUGAAUAGUCGGUGCGGUUGUCAAGGUAGGCGAUGUCCGGUGCAUGCACCACAUACACUGAUCUGCAAAACUGAUUUGACAAAAUUUUAUUUGGUGGCUCGGUCAUGAAGUAAAAAUGCCUUUUUUUUGUUUUUUCCCCCUUCCACUCUGUGACAAGUGGAUUUUAACUCAAUGCCUGCCUUCCCAGUUAACAUGCAUAUUUGACUUCUAAAGCUGUCAAUGGCAGUGUAAGUGUGCUGUAAUUCUUUAUCGUUUGCAUAUUUUGACUGAAAAAUGUCAGAUACCUUUUUUUAGACACCUGGGAGCUUCUUAACAUUGUGAAAUAAAAAUUAAUAAUAUGUCUCCUUUAAUACUAAAACCUGUUGAAUGGUCCUCAAAGCAGUUGUCGUAUUUAGUUGAGAGGCAAGUAAUUAAUGGAUUAAUAAUGUCUUCCUGGUUCAAACAUAGAGUUCAAAGGAGUAUUUGGGCAACAGUAAAAAUAAAAAAUAUGUCUGAAAAUACAUUUCUUUUAGCUAUUUUUAGAAAAUAAUUUUGAGAGAAAAAAAAGUCAAAAGAAAAGUCUCUCAAAGAUGCAGUGUGUGUGGGAAUUUUGACACGCAUUAAAAAUAAAGGUUUUUGUAAUA